AUGUUGCAUAACACGGGGCAAUAUGAGCCAAACGAGACUCCUAUGAACAUGGCAGCACCAGUGAAUAUGACCCCUGGUAGCCAUAUGAAUAUCGUAAGCAAUAUCAAUCAGUUGUCCAAAUUAGGACACGGAAGUACUCCAGAACCUAGCGGACCCUAUGGGCUAGGGGACUACGCAGUUUACCAUCAUCAAAAUUUCAAUAUGCCGUCGCAAAUAGCUCAGUUUCCAAACCACCAAUAUCAACACUUGGGUAUCCCACACAAUUAUUCUAAUCAUAAUCCUGGUUCAGCGAACGAAGGAAGCUUCCAGAACGGUAUGCUGCCUAUGAAUUUGAACAUACACAAUGAACAUAACGCCCCUAUGUUUUCUUAUGAGAAGAAGUCGAAUGAGUCGGUUAGACCCGACGUAAUAAAAGAUCAAAACAUAAAAAAGGUAGCAUUAAACAUACCUCAAAUACCAAAUAAGGUGUUACCCAAACAACCUUUAUUUGAAAACGAUUAUUUACAUAAUGAUCCAUUCCACAAUCCAAAUCACAAUUUAGAUUUAAGUAUGAAACCGAAUCCUGAGAGAAUAGAAAUAAGUAGUUCUAGAAGGAAAAAGAUUGAAAACACAGUGAAACUUAUUGAGAAUAUUUUGAUUAAUUCUUCCAAUACUAAACCUAAACCACUUGUACAGCAAUCUAUCAAUGAUAUACCAAAUCAAGUAGAUUGUAGUAAAAAUUUAUCAAAAUCGUCAACCAAUGCUGUACGUACAGAGUCCAAUGUACCCAAGAAUGAUGCAUUAUCAUUAACAUUAGUUGAUUCAAGACAAGAUUCAAACCCAAAACGAGAAAACGUAACAAAAAGUCCAGCAAUCAAUUAUGAUGACGUUGGAAAAUCAGAAAUGGAUGAACUAUCAGAUGUAGAAGACGUGAAACCGAUUAAUAUCACAUUGGGAAUAGUUCCACAGAAUGUUCUGGUAACAACGGAGAAAUGUGUUGAAAUUAAAAUAGAGAAUGCAAGUUGGACUGACACGGACUACGCACAACCAUUUUUUAGAGAUUGUCAUUCUUUCCAAAGAGAACAUGCUAUAGAUUUCAGAAUUAUUGACAGUGAUUCCAGCGUUGCUGAAGCUCUUACUGCUAUUCAAAAUACAGAGGUAAAAUCGGAUGCCUGCUACGAAUGCCCGCACUGUUGUGUUCUCUUCAAAAAUCCGAAACGAUUCCUCAUUCAUACAAAGUGGCACACCUUCGGUCUUACAAAUGAGAAGAGGACAGAGUUGUUGCGGGAAAGGGAGGAGAAGAGAAAUCAACGGAAGGAAGCGAAGAUUAUUGAGAGGAUGAACGCGAAAGAGAUAACAGAUACGAAGAAAGUGGAAGGGAAGACUUGGCCUUGUAAGGAUUGUGAUAAAAUAUUCAGUGCAAAAGGCAGUUUGAAGAAUCAUCGACAGAGGUCCCAUCCAACUCGAGUGCGUGAGUGCAGGGUCUGUCACAAAUCCGUGGUGGGAUGGCUGUCUCUUCGGAACCACAUGGCUACUCACGCCGUCGAAUCAGGUGUUGGUUUCCAGUGCAGCGAGUGUCCGAAACGCUUUAAGUACUCCCAUUCUUUGGCAAAACAUUCAGACACACAUUUGGAAAAAGUUCACGGAUGUGCUCACUGUCCUAAAAAGUUUGGUUCUCAAGCGCUGCUGAAGAUGCAUAUGAAAACCCACGAACGGCAUUCAAGAGGUGCCACAUUCAGAUGCACGUACUGUGCUAAAGGGUUCUUCGAAUCGUACAGUCUCCAAGUACACGAAAGAACACAUAGAAACGAGAGACCAUUUCUUUGCGAGAUAUGCAACACAAGCUACGGAACUAAUUCGAGUCUCAAAAGGCAUUUGAAAGUUUCUCACAGCACUUCAAAGCCCUUUGAGUGUUCUAUAUGUCAUCGUUCGUUCUCUACUGAGCCUAUAAGGGAUCGUCAUGAAGAGAGGGUACACAGCAAACCUGAGGAUUUCAAGUUCCCCUGCAAACAAUGUGAUUGCAAGUAUUUAAAACUAAAGGACUUGAAGAAACAUAUCUCAAAAGCUCACCCCAAAAAUAAGAGAAGGAAACGUCCAAAAAGCGAGACAGAACCCGAAGAAGACUCAGAAUAG